AUGAGCCCGAUAAAGAUCACGAAAGAUAACGCUAAGGCUAUAUUUGAACAAUACAACCACAUUCUUUUCGACUGUGAUGGUGUUCUUUGGCUCGGUCCAGACGCCAUUCCAAAUGUCCAACAAGCUGUUUCUGCCCUUGAAAAGCAAGGUAAAACGUUCGCUUUUGUUAGUAACAACUCGUCUGCGUCCCGAAACACAUACCACGAAAAGUUCAAGAGAUUGGGAUACAAGGGCCUUCAAAAAUCGCAGUACUUUCCUACUUGUUAUUCUGCUGCAACUUGCAUCAAAGAGAAGCUUCAAAUUCCAAUUGGCAGCAAAGUGUGGGUUUUAGGAGACCAUGGAAUCGAACAGGAGCUCGAGGAGGCUGGAUAUGUUCCGUUGGGAGGAACUGACCCUGGACUCGAUACACCAUUCGAUCCUGACCAUGAACUUUUGAUAGUAGACAAAGACGUCAAGGCGGUGGUGAUAGGGUCUACAAAAUCGUUCAAUUACAUGAGGAUUGCCCUGACACUCCAAUACUUGCUUGCAGACAACAAAUCCAUCCCAUUUAUUGGCACGAAUAUCGACAGAACUUAUCCUGGACCAAAAGGGCUCGUAUUGCCUGCUGGUGGAAGUGUGGUUGAGUACAUGGCUUAUACUGCUGACAGAAGGUUUAUCGAUGUGGGAAAGCCAUCGCAAGUUCUUCUUGACGCUAUUAUUGAUCAUUGCAAAUUUGACAGAUCCAAGACUCUCAUGGUUGGAGACACUCUAUACACCGACAUUAAAUUUGGAAACGAUGGAAACCUUGGAGGCGGAGCAGGCUCUUCCUUGCUAGUACUGAUCUAG